GCAUUCUUCCGCUAGGGCCGGUAGCAGGCGAAACUUCGUCAUGCCUCGGCUUGAUCGUCAAGUUGGUGGGUAUCGGGUUUUCAUUGGCGGUGUUGACCCGCGAGUUGGAAAAGUCGACAUCGAACGGGAGUUUGACAGGUUUGGACCUAUUGCUGACGUUUGGGUGGCUCGGAAUCCCCCGGGGUUUGCAUUUAUCGUAUUCAAGUACUCCGAGGAUGCCGACCGUGCAGUGCGAAGAAUGGAUGGAAGCCGUCCUUUUGGUUCUAGGUUGAGAGUGGAACACGCUGUGAAUACAUCAAAAAGCAACGGCAGAUCCUCAAUGAGUGCGUUACACACUUUCCAAAAUCGUCAGGGUCGUUCUCGAUCAAGAUCUAGAGACAGACGCCGUAGAGAAUCACCGAAGAGAUACUCGCGAUCGCGUCGCUCGUCUUCAAGGCGCCGGAGGUCUCUCAGCGAUCGUCGAAGAGAUCGACGUCGGUCUGGGUCCCGUUCUUACGCCAAGCCCAGGUCCAACGAAGUGAAACGAAAGCGCUCGCCAACGCGCUCGCCGUCUGUUCGGCGAAAGACUCCGAAGGUGGAUCAUCGUAAAGAGCGAUCCAAGUCCCCCCGCCGAUCAGGUCGGUCUUCUGACAUUCGUCGAAACAACACAUCCCGACGAUCACGGUCGCGCUCAAAGCAUUCCGCUAAGGAGACCAGCCGACGAAGUCCUUCCACUCGUCACCGGACGCCUGCAAACCACGAACCAUCCAUUUCCCCGUCUCCCGUCAAAGCGCGUCAUCAAAGCCGGUCCGCUUCCCGCUCUCCCCAUUCUGAUACUGAACGCCAAGAUUCUUACCGUGAUGACGAAAGCCAACACCGCGAUCAUGACUCAAGAUCUCGUUCCGCUUCACCCAUCGAGGAACCCAGAUCACGCUCUAGCAUAAGAAAGGAUCAAUCCAUUGGUCGUUCUGUGCACUUGUAUCUCUUCAAACUCUUGUUAAUAAAAUUUUCAUUACAUUUACUCUUUCAUCAACUAGUUGGGGCUUUCCGACUGCGCUGCGACUGGACCAUGUCUCAGCAUUCCAUUGAGCUAUGUUGA